CCCUCCGUGCAUGAUCUUCGACAGCAACUCCUGCUACGUGAGGGCGAGCGGCUCGUGUCCAUUUGGCGCCGACUGCACAGGCGUCUUCUUCUCCGGUUCAAGCGGUAGCGGCUCCAGCAACUCCACCACUGUCAGCAGCAGCACGCAGGGCUCAACCACGUCAGCCACCGCAGAUACGACCUCUCAGGCCGGGUCAUUUCUCUCCCAGGCUAACAGUGCGGGUGGACCAUCGUCCGAAACUGAGGCGACGGACUCUGCCGACAGCGGCUCGAGCACGGUCUUGAUAGUCGCCAUCCUCGGUGUCGCCGUAGUCAUCGUUGUCUUGGGUGUGGUCGUGCGGAAGCUCUUCCUGCGCGCUCGAGCUGCGAGCGAGCAGAACGCCGACGAGGAGGAAAUACCGUCGCCGCUCGCCACAGAGACGACUGCUAGCUUCUCGAGCAACGGCACCUCACGCGACGCGGGCGCCGUAGUCGCACGUAGCGCAAUAGGGACCGACCUGAGCGAGUCGAAGCCCGUGUCCGUGUAGGUAGUUUCG